GCGCUCACUUUUUUUUAUUUUAUUUUUAUUUACGGAAGGAAUAUGAUGAUUUAUCGAUUUUUAUUGUGAUGUGAAAUAACGCUGGGAGCUCAGAAAGCGGGCUUUUGUGUUAUUCGUGUUUUGAUUUUGUUAACCCGGCACAAUCCUCCAUUUCUUCCUUCCUUCAGAAAAGGGAAGCUAAGAGCGUAAGUUUAAUGUACUCCAAUCCAUUCACUUGUAUGCAUUGUUAUAAGAAAGCCAGAUAAUGUCUAACAAGUCCAGAUUUAAAAAAGAUUAUUUGAAGUAUGAUAUACACGAAUCUUCUGAUUUUCCCAAUAUGUCUGAGCAUUUAACAGAUUCAAAUAUUUUAAAAUCGAGAAAAACUUAUCUAAGAAAAAGAAAAUCUGGAAGUUUGUCAGUGUGUAGUGAAAAUAGUGGAUCUUUUUCUGCUAUUGUUGAAGAGUUAUGUCCAGAAAAAAAUUAUAAAUGUGCAACAAGUAUUACAAACUGUAGUUAUAGUAAAAAUAAUUAUCAGAAGGAUGUUGAUUCAGAAUUUUGUCUAUUUAGUGAUGAAGCUACUGAUAAUAAUAUUUCUGGUUCUGCAGAUAAUUUAAAAGACGAUGUUUCUUCUAUUCUUGGAACAGUAAGUUCAGCUUCAAAUUAUCAGCGAACAAGGAAAAAUUUAAAGAAUCACAUAAAUAAUGAACAGAAUAAUUCUGAAGAGACAUUUAAAUCAUCAUUAAAUGAAGAAAAUUCGAAUUCUGUAGCAGAUGCCAAUGAAUUGAAAUCCGCCAAUGAUUUUUUAAAUCCUAACCAAGCAACUUUUUCUGUUAAGCAAAGUUCUCUUCUGUCCGAAAACAGUCAAGCAAAUCAUACAAGAAUUAAUAAGAGUGAUGGAUCUGCUAAUGAAUUACCUCAAAAAUCCACUGUGCAAAUGGGUAAACCUGUUGGCUUUUUGGGUUUUGGUAAAGCAAAUUUCUUUGAAAAUCCUUUGAUUAAUCAAAGUAUGUUUUCAUUAAUAGACCUGGUAAAGAAGUUUUCAGUUCGUAAUAAUGAGACUGGUGCAAAAAAUGCCCCUACCAGUAAAAAAAUUAAGGAAGAAUGUGAAUUAGCGCCUCUUAAAAAGGAAUCAGUUGCAAACAGUGCUUCAUCGUCAAAAAUAAAUUCUUUUGAUAAUAAAACAUUGAAAUCUACUGUUUCUGUUCGAAAAUCUAGCAAAAAUGCUAAUGAACUAGGUGAAAAAAGUGAUGUUAAAACUCCUUCAAAAUCUAUACAGAAGCGAAAUAUCAGGUCUUUUGAUAUAAUAGAAAAAAGUGUAGAUAUGAUAGGUUGUGUGAGAAAUACAGAUAUACCCAAGAAAAGUGGUGCCAAAAUUCCAUCAAAAGCUGUGCACAGCGAAAAUAUUAAAAGAAGUGUGAUAGUGUUUAAAAAAUUUGAUUUUAAAAAUAAAUUUGUCAGAAAUAAUGUAAAAGCUAAGAUUAAAUCAUCAAUUAAUCAUACAUCUACUAAUUUGCAUUUAGCUAGAAAUGAAACUACUGGAAAAAUACAGUCGGAUUGUGAUGGAAAACGAAUUGAAAAGCUUUCUUCUCUUCAUAGUACAAGCCAGAACCAAUUUCUUAAUAAUAUUCCAACAAUCUUUGCUCCAAAACCUCCAGUUUCUCAAGAAACGACUCCUCUUUUCGUAAGGAGCGUUAAUACUUCUGUCGCUGAUAGCUAUUCCAUUCAGAAUGAUAGCCAGGCUGUUUUAUAUGGGAAUUUUGAUGAUUUAGCUGUUCCUUGUUCUUCUACUAUUAAAUCAUCUACUCGUACAUAUUCUAAUUUGCAUUUAGCUAGAAAUGGAACUACUGGAAAAAUACAGUCGGAUUGUGAUGGAAAACGAAUUGAAAAGCUUUCUUCUCUUCAUAAUACAAGCCAUAACCAAUUUCUUAAUAAUAUUCCAACAAUCUUUGCUCCAAAACCUCCAGUUUGUCGAGAAACGACUCCUCUUUUCGUAAGGAGUGUUAAUACUUCUGUCGCUGAUAGCCAUUCCAUUCAGAAUGAUAACCAGGCUGUUUUAUAUGGGAAUUUUGAUCCUUAUUCUUCUACUAUUAAAUCAUCAAUUACUCGUACAUCUUCUAAUUUGCAUUUAGCUAGAAAUGGAACUACUGGGAAAAUACAGUCGGAUUGUGAUGGAAAACGAAUUCAAAAGCUUUCAUCUCUUCAUAAUACAAGCCAGAACCAAUUUCUUAAUAAUAUUCCAACAAUCUUUGCUCCAAAACCUCCAAUUUCUCAAGAAAUGACUCCUCUUUUCGUAAGGAGCGUUAAUACUUCUGUCGCUGAUAGCCAUUCCAUUCAGAAUGAUAACCAGGCUGUUUUAUAUGGGAAUUUUUAUGAUUUAGCUGUUCCUUGUUCUUCUGCUUUGAGUAAUAAUCAUUCAAGUUUUGAUGCUAAUACUUUCUUAGUGAAUCCUGUACAUCAUAAGCAGAAAGUAAGGACUGGAUCUCUUAUGUCUCAUAGUGUUUCUAUCGAGCAACGUGUGAAUCGUUAUUUUCAAAGAACUGAAAAUAUGUGCAUAUUAAGAAAACAGGACAUGGCUGCGGAGAUAUUUUCGAGACAUCUUUCUCUGCAAAAUCUAACUGUGAGCAAGCUCUGCAAUUCCCCUCAAAUAACAGUUGUUUUUUCUGAUUACUUAAAUGAUUUUGUUGGCAUACCUCCUGAUUACCAUGAUGACAAUAAAGGGUAUGAAUUUCCAGAAAAUUUUGAAACAGAAAAUCUGUUGAGUGUUGUAAAGGAUUUUGUACAUUCUAUCAUUUUUUGUAUAAUUCCAAAAGAUGGACCAAAACCUUUAAAUAUUUCUUAUUUACAAAUCAUUGAUGCUGCAGUGCACAAAAUGUCAGUUAGAGAGAAUGCCAUCGUUUUACAGGUAUUUGGAAAGAAUUCUUCAUUGGAGAAUUCUUUUGAAAAGAUUACAUUUAAAUUAGAUGAUGUUUUAACUAAAUUAGAUUUUGUUGCUUUGCUAGUGAUAUUUCACGAAUAUAAAAGCAGGCAAAUUACUUCAAAUAUAUAGAACUGAAAUAUGAUUAUUUUAUGUUUUAUAAUUUUUAAUUUGUAUGGUUUAAUGAUAAAAUUGUUCUUGGAAUAAUAUUUGAAUGCAUAAAUUGCUUGAAUUUUUAAUUAUAUCUGCCAGUAAUUCCAGUUAUUGAUAUAUGAAGUGUUUUUUAUUGGAUUUUCCUCUUACUUCUGAAAUGUAUCUUAAUUACAAUAUAAAAAGCCCAUAAAGAAAGGAGAACAGAAAUAAUAGAUGGUUUCUUAACAUUAUAUUUGUAUAGUUAAUAGAGUAUUGAGGAAAAUAGUUGAAUAUUUCCUCAAUAUUUGAAUAUAUAGAGAGUAUAAUAUUAAUAUUUACUUGAAUUAUUAACUGAUGUAUUUUAAUGCCAUUCAUCCAUGUAUUUAUUCCAUCAGUUUAUUGAUGAAA